ACGUAUAAAUUUAAAAUUUUCCAAAUACUUGCUAAAAAGUAUUCAUCUGAGAGAGGCGUUAUUGCAAAUUCAUAACUUAGCCAAGCCGACGAUAUCUGCACUUGGUGACCGGCAUGUGUCCUAAUCAGCAACAGGAACUCUUGCCUGACUGCCAAAUUUCCAAUCGAAUGUUGAUGUAUUCGAUGCUGCAAUCGCUGCAGGAAGAGAAUCAGGACGCCGAGAAGGUGGACACCCAGUUACGUGAUCGUUUCGAGGUGUUUCGCCAGGUGACGGUCAACUUCCCAAUGCCGCUGCACGCCGGACUCAUCUACGAGUACGUCGACGAUCUAUCCGGUGCGGAAAGCAGCAUCUCGCUGGAGAACAAUACGAGUGGAUCGAGUGACAACAUGUCCAAUGAAAGCAGUAGCUCCAACUUGUUCGCUCACUGUGAUUACAACAAGGAUGCUGUGCGCAGUGCUCUGGAAGAGGAACAGGAAGAGAAACAAUUACUUGACCGCGAUGAAGCAACCUGAACAAAUCGUCUAGUCAAGAAAUGCGUAAAUAAUGUGCAGCACUUGUUAUUUUUGCUGUAAAAGCGCGAUAAAUGAUGUUAAUCACAACGAAAGUAAAAUUUACCAUUAACUAAAAAAAAAAAAGAAAACGAAUUAGCUUAGUACAAGCACACACAC